UGAUAAUGUAAUUGCUUACAGGCGAUUAGGAGCAAUAGUAUUAUGAAUUCUUCUUCGAUAAUCCAAAGUCGGUCAGAAUCAAUAGUAGAGGAUGCUGCAGAUUCGAUGAUCUUUCUGUGUGGUGAGGAUUCAUUGGAGAAGACGGCUACGAAGGAUUAAUCAGCCAGUCACUCCCUCAGUGAAAAAUUUGAUGUCGUCAUAAAUGGAAUUCGGAUCAUCUUGGUCAAUACAAGGUGUUGUUUACCAGUAAAUUAGGUCAAUCACAAUUUACUCGCCAAAAAUUUGUUCGGUAGAUAAACCAAAAAAAAAAAAUCAUACGGUUAAAUCUACAUCUAGAGCAGGAGGCGGAGGCCGGCAAGCAAAAGGUGUCAAUUGACCUAAUUCAAAGGUAAAAAAAAAGGAAUUUUCAGUUUUAGUUUUAGUUUCUUCAGUGACUUCGGCUGCGAUUUCGAUUUCGGUAAGCCAAAGUAUUGGCGGAGAAGUCUAAGCGGUUUUGGGGAGUUGGGAGUUUCCGAUUGGUGAUAAUCAGAGGGAUCCGUGAAGUAAUCGAAAAUAGGAGCUUGUCUUUCCAAGGGCAGCGAGCCGGCGGCGCAGCGGCCGUUGGCAUCGCGGUCAAUUGCCCGAAAGUUAUCGCUGCCCGAAAUCAACGAUGCUGCUGGCGGCGGCGAUAGCACCAAGGCUAAGGGGUUGUUCAAGGUUAAGCCUAGGACCCCGGCCGAGAUGGUGCGGCAGACGCGAGAUCUGCUGGUCUUCGUCGAUCUCGGCGGCCAGGAUAGCAAGGAAAGCAAACGUGAUGAGAAGUUGAUGGAGUUGAGCAAACUUAUGAGAGAGUUGAAGCAAGUUCUUUACGGAGACAGUGAGAAUGAGCCGAUGGCGGAAGCAUGUGCUCAAUUAACACAGGAGUUUUUCAGUGACAAUACUCUGCGUUUGCUGAUAGUUUGCCUUCCCAAAUUAAGUUUGGAGACUCGCAAAGAUGCUACUCAAGUUGUUGCAAAUCUACAGAGGCAACAAGUUCAAUCAAAGUUGAUUGCAUGUGACUAUUUGGAAAAGAAUAUAGAUCUUAUGGACAUCUUGAUAUUGGGUUAUGAGAACGCCGAUAUGGCAUUACACUAUGGUGCGAUGUUGAGGGAAUGCAUACGUCACCAAAGCAUUGCAAGAUAUGUUCUGGAAUCAGAGCAUAUGAAGAAGUUUUUUGAUUACAUACAACUCCCAAAUUUCGACAUUGCUUCAGAUGCUGCUGCUACUUUUAAGGAAUUGUUGACAAGGCAUAAGUCAACAGUAGCUGAAUUUCUUUCUAAGAACUAUGAUUGGUUCUUUGAAGAGUAUAACUCAAAGUUGCUUGAAUCUUCUAAUUACAUCACAAGAAGGCAGGCUAUUAAGCUUUUGGGAGACAUCUUACUCGAUCGUUCCAAUUCAGCUGUAAUGACCCAAUAUGUUUGCUCACUGGACAACUUGAGGAUCCUCAUGAAUCUGCUUAGAGAGUCGAGCAAGAACAUUCAGAUCGAAGCAUUCCAUGUUUUCAAGUUAUUCGUCGCUAACCAAAAGAAACCCCCGGAAAUUGUUGGAGUCCUAAUCACAAAUAGGAGCAAGCUUCUUCGUCUCUUUUCUAAUUUUAAACCCGACAAAGAGGAUGAACAGUUUGAAGCGGACAAAGCACAAGUCGUCAAAGAGAUCGCCUCUCUUGAGCACAAGUAACAACUGCGAAUCAGUUUUUUGUUGUACGAAUAAAUCAGAGUUGGUACAUAUUUGUUAAUUUGAAUUAUCUAUGGGAAGAAUUUGAACUCAUUGAAGCUAUUCCAACACUUCACCUCACAGUAUUUAUGAGCAAAGAAUAAAGGCAUGAAUCGAGAUGAAUGCUACUGUA